CUUGCGUUUCAGUCUCAAAGCGGUGCAGUCUGCAGCAGUAACGUGGAAUCGAUCGGAAGUAUUCGAACUUUGAUCUAAUUGAAAUUUAAAGUGUUGUGUGCAUUCGUGUAUAAAGGAGACAGCCGCACAAUGAUGACAAACCGAUGUGCUAGCUUCGCCUUGGCCUUCCUCCUCUUCUGCUUCUUGGCCAUCUCGAGCAUCGAGGGAGCUCCGAUGCCCAGGUACCAAUCCAAUGGUGGCGGAUACGGGCCUGGCUAUAACGAACUGGAGGAGGUGCCCGACGAUUUGCUGAUGGAACUGAUGACUCGCUUUGGACGCACCAUAAUACGGGCACGAAACGAUCUGGAGAACUCCAAGCGAACCGUGGACUUUGGGUUGGCCCGGGGCUAUUCGGGAACCCAGGAGGCGAAACAUCGCAUGGGUCUGGCUGCAGCCAAUUUUGCCGGUGGACCCGGGCGGAGGCGGCGAUCCGAGACCGAUGUCUAAGUCGACCGGAGGAGUCCGGACUGCGCAUCCUGUGGACGUUAGGGACGAGUGUCAACUUCUCAACUUAAACUUGACCCAUUCUUUGACUCUUUCUCAGAGCUUUAAUUUGCUUUGCGUUACGAUCGUUUGUUAUUCAUUGUACAUAUAUAUUUAUUACGGAUUCUGUCCUCAUGUAUUCAUCGCAUAUUUUCUUUAAAAGUAUUUUGCUGCAUUAUGGAAAAACAAAAAUAUUCAACGGAUAUCGAACUUAUAUAUACCAAAAGGCGAACAUUUAAAUAAAAAACGUUAAACUGUUGCUCCGAAAGAUAAGAUGAACACUAUUUAAGAAAAUUUCCAUCUCAGAUUAAACUCAGUCUUAAUUGCUCGUUUUAGCCCAAUAAAAAAGGGGAAAGCUUAAAAAAGAGAAGGGAGAAAUUUAAAUAAAUAUCCUACAUAUAUAUUAAAGUGUAAGCAAAAUCGCGCAAAAAAUCUUUAACUAGGUAUGUCUUACAUUAACGAAAAGCCAACACGAAAACACAUUUAAUGCAACACACCUUUGGCCCCCAAAUGAAGCCAACAAAAACCCCAACGAAACUGAAAGUUUAUUUCACCCAUAGCCGAAUGGUCUCUCGCGACUUUUUAUUAUAUUGUAAAUAUAAAUUACAAACAAAAGCACACGUACAACUAAUGCGAUACAAAUAUAUACAUAUAUAUAUUAAUAUACCUACGGAAUUCUACUUGCAAAUAUUUAAUAAUUAUUGUGUCUAUGGAAAAAUGCUGCAAACAUAUAAAUUACCGUGAAUCGGGACACGAUCAAAUAAAAGUCUACAUUUU